AUGGAAAACAGAACAAUCAAUAUUCAAAAUAUAGUGUACAGUAGUACAGUAUCAAGUAUUUUUGUUAGUCUGAUUUGUACACCACUCGAUGUAAUAAAAAAUUAUAUACAAUAUAACAAUAAUAUAAGUUUUGAUAAGAAGUAUAUUUUAAAAAAAAUUACAAAAAAAAAAAAAAAUAAUUUAUUAAAAUUUAACUCUUUUUAUUAUCAAACAUUUAAAAACAUUUAUAAUAAUUAUGGGAUUAAAGCAAUUUAUAGAGGUUUAGUUUCAACUACUAAUUUGUAUGUAAUAAAUAACACCUUAUUUUUUUAUGUGUAUGAAGAAUUAAAAGAAAAAGGAAUUCCUUAUUAUCUUAGUGCAACUAUUUCACGAUUUAUUUCAAUAAUAAUUACGUCACCAUUAGAAUUAUAUAAGACAAAUAUUCAGGCGAAUGUUUGUAAUAAUUAUAAAAUUACAAUAUUUGAUAUAUUUAAAGAUAAAAAAAAUAGAAAAGUUAAAAUAAAUAUAUAUAAAGGUAUUACAUCAACACUUAUUAGAGAUAUUCCAUUUUCAGCUUUAUAUUGGUCACUUAAUGAGUAUUUAGUUAGCUAUAUAAAAAAAAAUGAUACUGAAUUUGAAAAAAGAAAAAAAUUUAUUAAAAAAUUUGUGUAUCCAUUUAUAUGUGGAUGUUUAAGUAGUACCAUUACUACUUUUAUAACCCAUCCACUGGAUAUUAUAAAAACAAAUAUGCAAGCAAGAUGCAUUGAUAUUAUUCACAAAAGUGAAUUUGAUUACAGAAAAAUAAAAAACUAUGAUAUCUAUUCGAGAAACAAAACAAACACUUUUUAUAAUAUAUGUCAAAACAAUCUAUAUAAUAACAAAUAUAUAUGCGAUGUGAAAAUAAAUAAUUAUGCUCACAAUAAUCAUAGAUCAAUUUAUUAUAAAUAUGGAUCACAUAAAUAUGGUUGUAACACCUAUAGUUAUAAAUAUUAUAACUAUUUUAAAUAUACAAAUAAUUCUAAUUAUAACAUUUUUUCAGUUUCUAAAUUUAUUUUUAAAAAAAAUGGAAUAAAAGGAUUUUAUAUAGGAAUAUUUCCAAGACUAGUAAAAAUAGUUCCUACUUGUGCAAUCCUUUUUUCAACAUAUCAUUAUUUUAAUUACUAA